ACUCUGGCUGCCUCUUCGUUAGGCUGGGAGGCAGAGCCUGAGCCGUGCCCAGGCCCAGCGGGGGCUGCAGCCUGAGCUCGGCGGUGUCGUCCGCCUGCCCCCGCGCCCUCCUCAGCCUCGGUGCCUUGGAAUUUGUGUUGCUGAGUCAGCAAGCCUUUCAGAUUUGCCCGGUUUUUGUUGUUUGAAUUUUAUAUCAAGAUGGGAACUCAAACAAGUCAUUCCUCCUAAGGAUCUGGUAUCUCCACCAAGAAGGCACGGUUUGUGCCAGCUCUCCAGAGAGAAAAGGUCUCCUGGAAGCGCUGGGCAAUGAACCUGAGACUGCAGCCCAGAGUGGUCUGAAGCCGGUGGGGAGAACAGAGGGCGUCCUGGGGAAGAUGGCCAUGGCCCCAAGCCCUUCCCUGGCUCAGGUGUACACCAGCCCGGUGGCAGUGGCCGUGUGGGAAUGGCAGGACGGGCUGGGCACCUGGCACCCCUACAGUGCCACUGUUUGCAACUACAUCGAGCAGCAGUUUGUCCAGCAGAAGGGCCAGCGCUUCGGGCUGGGGAGCCUGGCCCACAGCAUCCCCUUAGGCCAGGCUGACCCCUCACUGGCUCCUUAUAUCAUCGACCUCCCCAGCUGGACGCAGUUCCGCCAGGACACUGGCACCAUGCGGGCUGUGCGGAGGCACCUGUUUCCCCAGCACUCGGCCCCGGGCCGGGGCAUCGUCUGGGAGUGGCUGAGUGACGACGGCUCCUGGACGGCGUAUGAAGCCAGCGUCUGCGACUACCUGGAGCAGCAGGUGGCCAGGGGCGCCCAGCUCGUGGACUUGGCUGCCCUGGGGUACAACUACACCGUCAACUGUGCCACCCACACGCAGACCAACAAGACUUCCAGCUUCUGCCGGAGCGUGCGGCGCCAGGCAGGGCCCCCGUACCCAGCGACCACUGUCAUUGCCCCACCGGGCCACACGGGAGUGGCCUGCUCUUGCCAUCAGUGCCUCGGCGGCGGCGCAGCCGGCCCCAUGUCAGGCCGCUACCGCCACUCCAUGACCAACCUUCCUGCCUACGCAGUCCCCCAGCCACCCCACAGGACCGCCGUUGUUUUGGGGGCCCACCAGGCCUUUUCUCCGUACAACAAGCCCUCACUCUCUGGGGCCAGGUCUGCGCCCAAGCUGAGUACCGCCAACCUCUGGGCUGGGGCGCUGCCCUCCCUGGGGAACCAACCCCUCUACCGCUCCAGCCUCUCCCACGUGGGACCUCAGCACCAGCCCCCAGGACUGUCCGCUGCCGGCGCAGCCAGUGCCUCCCUGCCCAGCGGUCCAGUGAGCAGCCCCAGGAGCGUCCCCGCCACGGUGCCCGUGCAGAUGUCGAAGCCCAGCAGGGUCCAGCAAGCUCUCGCAGGCAUGACGAGUAUUCUGAUGUCAGCCAUUGGACUCCCUGUGUGUCUUAGCCGCGCACCCCAGCCCGCCAGCCCUCCCGCCUCCUGUCUGGCCUCUAAAAGUCACAGCUCAGUUAAGAGAUUGAGGAAAAUGUCCAUGAAAGGAGGGCCUCCAAAGCCAGAGCCAGAGCAGGUGAUAAAAAACUACACAGAAGAGCUGAAGACGGCCCUGGAUGAGGACUGCAUCAUCUGUAUGGAGAAGCUGUCCAUGGCGUCCGGCUACAGCGACGCGACCGACAGCAAGACCUUUGGGCCGGUGGCUGUGGGCCGCUUGGCCAAGUGCAGCCACGCCUUCCACCUGCUCUGCCUGCUGGCCAUGUACUGCAACGGAAACAAGGAUGGAAGCUUGCAGUGUCCUUCCUGCAAAACCAUCUAUGGGGAGAAAACUGGAACCCAGCCCCGGGGGAAGAUGGAGGUGUUCACGUUCCAGGUGUCCCUCCCUGGCCACGAGGACUGUGGGACAAUCCUUAUAGUCUACAACAUUCCCCAUGGCAUUCAGGGCCCGGAACACCCCAACCCUGGAAAGCCGUUCACCGCCAGAGGGUUUCCCCGCCAGUGCUACCUUCCGGACAACACCCAGGGCCGCAAGGUCCUGGAGCUGCUGAAGGUGGCCUGGAAGAGGCGACUUAUCUUCACAGUAGGGACGUCCAGCACCACGGGGGAGACCGACACGGUGGUGUGGAACGAGAUUCACCACAAGACAGAGAUGGACCGCAACGUGACAGGCCACGGCUACCCCGACCCCAACUACCUGCAGAACGUGCUGGCCGAGCUGGCCGCCCAGGGGGUGACUGAGGACUGCCUGCAGCAGCAGUGAGCUGGGGGCGCAGGCGUGCCCCCCCGGAGCCCAGGCUGCUCCUGCCUGCCUGUCCCCAUCCCCCGGCCCCCCCAGGCCCGGGUCUGUGUGGGAACUGGGCGAGCCUGGGGGUCAUACUCGUGAGGGCUUUGGAUGCAGCUACCUCAGUGCGUGGGCCCCUCCGUCCUCGGUGGGCCGCGUUGGGCCAUCGGUGCUGGGGGCCCUGCAGGGGGUGAGGAGAGACUGCCUGCUGUGCCCCCAGCCAGGGGCAGGCCUGGGUCUGGGUCAGCUUCUCAUACCUCAGAUGUUCUAUUUGCAAUAAAUGCCCUAUA